AUGAAUUCUCACGGCGGGUCUCAACGAGGUGGCGGUACGCCACCACACAACUUCGGCGGGGGGAAAAGCAACUACAACAAACACUAUACGGGAAUGAUUCCUGAGAGCGAAGAGAUAGGUAGAAAUAGUGAUGAACAUAGUAAUCCUUCCGAAGGGAGUGGGGGCACGAAAGGGAAAGGAAAGGCCGCAUAUGACUCUGCCUACAGAAAAAAGCAACAUGAGCCAAACCAGGAAGCACAGGCGGCAAUCAAAGAUGUAGUCCAACGGAGUUUACAAAGGCACUUGCGCCAGUACCUGGGAGAUAUCGUGGUUCCUGUAUCAUACCACACAGAUCCAAACGCCAACAUGGGCAGUAAAUCCUCAGGUCGAAAUAGGUAUGUUUGGGUCUGGGAUGUUCACUGCGACGUAGCUAUGAACAGUGGACAUUUGGUGCUAUUCAACGACACAAUUCUCAAUAAAAAUAAGAUGCAAACGCCCUCUAGGUGGACUCCAUCGAAUACGAUGAAACUCAGCGAACUAAUCGAUAACAAUAUCCUGAUACCCCGUCUAGUCUCACACGUCAUGGAGGGAAUUACGUCCGGUCUGCUCCCUACUAAUUCCCCGAAGACAUCUGCGGAGCAAAAUCCAGUUGAGCAUGCGCCGGAGCCUUUUAACCCUCCUCAAUACAAUCUGGAACAGGAACUUCUGUAUUUACAGAGUCAACUAGAACUUCAACCCGCACCCCCUGAGCAACAAUAUGGCCUCGCGGGCUAUGGUUCUAGUCAAACCUUCAGCAACGUUACAAACCGUAAUUACAAGAAGUAA